CGGAGGCCGCAGUGAUCCGGGAGCCGCCGCAGUGGAAGGAAGGGCCGCGGUUCUUCCUCUUCUAUCGUUCAGUUUCACCUCUAAAUUGUGUCGGUGGUGCACUUUCCUAGCUACCAGUUGUUGUCUGUGAAUACAUACGGUGUUUUAUGAAUAUCUGAGUUGUGAUCUUCAGUUGUACCAGUCGCCAUUUUAAUCGCACGUUUUCUCCGACCAGCGCUAGCACAACAAUGGCUCUGAAAAGAAUUCACAAGGAGUUGAACGACUUGGCACGGGACCCACCAGCCCAGUGUUCUGCAGGACCAGUAGGCGACGACAUGUUUCACUGGCAAGCCACAAUAAUGGGACCUAACGACAGUCCUUACCAGAGCGGGGUUUUCUUCUUGACCAUACACUUCCCAACAGAUUACCCCUUCAAACCUCCAAAGGUUGCAUUUACCACAAGAAUCUACCAUCCAAACAUCAACAGCAACGGCAGCAUUUGUCUUGACAUUCUGCGAUCACAGUGGUCUCCAGCUCUCACCAUCUCCAAAGUUCUCCUGUCUAUCUGCUCCCUGCUGUGUGACCCGAACCCGGACGACCCCUUAGUACCCGAGAUCGCCCGCAUCUACAAGACUGACAGGGAAAAGUACAACAAAAUAGCUCGGGAAUGGACACAAAAGUACGCAAUGUAGUUGGUGGGGGAGAAACACGGCCAAGCAGCUCUCCGACGUACGGCCAGGAGAGAUUCAGAUGUAAAAACACAAACCAUUCAAACAAAUGAGAAGUUAAAACAGGAUCCUGUUGGUUUCCAUUGGAGCGCUUUCUUUGAGCCACGCCUCCCUUUCUCCAGAGUACCUGUAAAACUCCCUCCGCCCCACCUCCCCUCCUCUCCCGUUUUGUCUACUCCCCCCAGCUCGUCCUCCGGUGUACAUAUUGUCAACUUAAAGUUAUAAACAGUUUCUCCCUGAUCCAACGACCUCACUUUUGCUCGUGUUGGUCUCUUUGUGACAUCCGAGCAGGCUGGGCUCUCACCAACUCACCGUAUUUGUUUUGGUUCAUCCUCACCCAUCAUUAUGAAAAUAACCCCCCCCAGCAAAAAUCUUUGAGGGGACCUUUUUUUUCCCAUUGUUUCUAGGGGAAGCAGGACAAAAGGAUGGAGGGGUUUUUACACUGCACUCGUUUUGUUCUAAUGAUUUCCAUGUAGAGGUGACGAUUGAAGAAAGCAGUUUUGACCCGCGGGUCAGAGGGCCCUCUGUAUUUUGUCAAGAAAACUCCUGAGUCACUGCGAGCUGUCACAUGUCAGAAGAAACGCACAUGGCUGCUGUUUGUGCUUGUUGGAUUCUACUAAAGGACUUGAAUUUAUUCACACACCUCAUGCUUCUCAUUCCUGCACCCAACUUCUUUUACCUAUUCACCCACGUGGACCCCCCCCCCCCCCCCCCACACA